AUGGCAUUAACCUACGUCAAUGCAUCAUGUCAUUGCGGGCUGAACGCCUUUCGCGUGGCAUUCAAAACAGAAUCACUUCCCAUUACCGACGAUUUUUGCCAUUGCACAACUUGCCGCCAUGUCUCCGGACAGUUAGCCAUACAUCAAACCUCGAUUUUCGGGCCGCCUCUUGCGCGCGAGCCAUCUCGUCGACAAAGUCGCAGCCAAAGCGCGAGCAGAAGCGUUAGUAGACAGCGAUCCGACGAAGGCCUUCCACAACUCAAUGGAUCCGCUAAUGGAAAUGGAAACACUACCCCUGCCCUACUUUCUCCACCGACCAUCGAGAUCACGAGCGCACCGGAUGUCCCAUACGACCUUUCUGAUCUAACGAAAUACGAGACGUACUCACCGAAUGUCACGCUCUACUUUUGCAGUUCAUGUUCUGCCCUUCUGUUCUGGGUUCCUCAUCGACCUUUUGAGAAGGAAGAGCACUGGACCGUCUCUGUCGGGGCUUUGGAAAGGACUGAAGGGAUCAUCAAUCUUGGAUAUCACAUUUGGGUUGGCGAUACCGUGGAUGGCGGAUUGGCUCACCAUCUUCGCACUGUGGACGGCAAACAAUUGACGCUCUUCAAGGAGGGACCUGGAAGCGAGAAAUUGCCCACCGGUUGGACUGCAUCUGAGCAGCCAGAGCAGCCAGGCUCUGAAGACGACGACGUCCUACACGCACAUUGUCACUGCGGGACAAUCAAAUUCGACAUCACUCGACCAACAGAAGCUUCUACCUUGCCCUCGGCUCCGUACCCAGACCUUCUCUACUCACACAGCACAUCCCACUUGUCCAAAAUAUCGAAUCCUCAAGACGAGAAGUGGUGGUUGCGCCCUGUGGACACACCGACGCCUACGAAGUACCUUGCCGGGCAUUGCAUGUGCAACACCUGCAGGCUCACCAGUGGAUUCGAGAUCCAGUCAUGGGCGUUUAUUCCCCUCGCCAACAUUGUAUCUCCAGAUACCUGUAUACCGUUGUCUUUAGCUGAGGAAGAUAGAAGGCCGGUUGGGCUGAAGCAAUACAUCGCGAGCACGGGAAAAUAUCGCGAGUCCUGUGGGAAGUGUGGGGCGACCGUUUUCUCAUGGCAAAUUGAUACUCCAGACCUGGUGUCGGUGUCGGUUGGUUUGCUGGACGACAAGAACGGUGCAAGGGCAGAGGAUUGGCUGGAUUGGCAUACGAAGCGGGUCAGCUUUAAAGAGAAAGCGGUUAGCCAGUCAAUUGCGAAAGGCUUGGAGGACAGUAUGACAACAAUUUAA